AUGAUUGUGAUUGGUGAUGAUACUGCAAAAAUCGAGGAACUGCAGAAGCGUUUAGCAUUUGAAUUUGAGAUGAAAGAUUUGGGCUGUCUGAAAUAUUUUCUAAGGGUGGAAGUCACUCGAUCUAAACAUGGCUUAUUUCUUUCACAAAGGAAGUAUGUCAUGUACCCGUUAGCAGAUACUGGAAUGCUUGACUGUAAACCAGCUGAUACACCUAUUGUUGAGAAUCAUAAUCUUGGUGUUUAUGUGGAUAAGGUCCCAACUAACCAAGAAAGAUACCAAAGGUUGGUUGGGAGAUUUAUUUAUUUAUCAUUGACACGCCCUGAUAUUGCCUAUGCGGUAAGCGUUGCUAGCCAAUUUAUGCAUUCCCGUAAUGAUGAUCGUAUGGCUGCUGCGAUGCGUAUUCUAAGUUACUUAAAGUUUGCUCCUGGGAGAGGUUUAUUAUUUAAGAAAAAUGGCCACUUGGAUCUAGAAGGUUGCACUAAUGCUGAUUAUGCAGGGAAUAUUACAUAUAGACAUUCUACAGCAGGUUACUUCACAUUUGUUGGUGGUAACUUAGUUACAUGGCGUAGCAAGAAGCAAAACGUUGUGUCUUGGUCCUCUGCAAAGUCUGAGUACAGAGGGAUUACCCAAGGGGUUUGUGAAAUACUGUAG